AUGGGGCACAAUCCAGUAAUUGCAGCAAUUCUUGGAACAAUUGGAACCAUUAUGUGGUGUGUUCAGUUAAUUCCUCAGAUUAUUGUAAAUUAUCUUCGACAUAAUACAACUGGAUUACAGCCGCUUAUGUUAUUGCUUUGGUCUGUUGGGGGAGUUUUUAUGGGUAUUUACAAUAUUUCACGUAAUUUGAAUAUUCCAUUGCAAUUACAGCCACAAUUAUUUAUGGUUUUGUGUUUUAUUACAUGGGGACAAUGUCUUUAUUAUGAAAAUAAAUGGCCUUUAAAAAAAUGUAUAUUUAUUUUUUUUCUCACAGGAACUGCAUGUGGACUUAAAUUAAUAGUUCGAAGGAUCGAAUGGCCUAUUAAAACUGUAGGUGUGAUUUCUUCUAUUUUGGUUUGUGUUGGGCUCCUUCCCCCAUAUUACGAUAUUUAUAUUCAUAAAUCAGUUCGAGGGAUUUCAUUUAUUUUUCUUUUGGUAGACAUGGGGGGUGCUGUUUUUUCAUUUCUUUCUUUACUAUUUGAACCAAAAAUAGAUGUUCUUGCUGCUAUUUCAUAUUGUAUAGUUGUUAUUCUUGAACUAGGUAUAAUGUUAUGUGAUUAUUGUUUCAAAUUGCUAGGAUGGAGAAAAAAAAGAAAAUGGAAAAAAAAGCUAACUCAAGAAAGACUAAAAAUACCUUCAGAUUUAAAUAUUCAAGUGGAAACGAAAACGGGUAAUCAUUUUAAUGUUACUACUGUUAUUGACAUAUCUCUUUAUAAAAAUUUGGAAUCUAAAAUGUUGAUGUUUUAUGUUUUAAAUGAAUUUCAUUUUUGUUGA